AUCAUUUGUUUACGUUGUCAUCAAAAAUGCGACAAUUUCUGUAGUCCCCACAUUGCAGCGGAACGAUGAAUGCGAAAUAAGACGGUAGUUCACCGUUAGUUCACUGUUUGCAUUGAAAGAAUAUACUUAAAAAUUGAUCUGUCAACACGGCUAAUGCUACCGUCUUUAUAUUUUAACCAUUAGUUUAUCCGGUAUUGCUGAAGAAGUCAGCAAAUAUUUGUAGCCUAGCUUAGCUUAGCCGGUUUAGCUAAGCAGCUUUGCUUAACACAGAUGUGUCACAACAAGGAAGGAGCUGACUUCAGAACCAACUAGAGACCACGGGGACCGCACGACCCUAGUCCAUGUGUCGUUUACCUCGUCUCCCGUUGGUUGAAUAGGUUUUCUCAGAGACUGGGGCUGCCUCCGAAGCGUCCAGAUCAUGUUGAACAUACCGACCCAGGCGUUCCCAGCUCCGGGCUCCCAGCAGCGGGUCGCUCCGUCCGGGCAGUCCGGGAGAAACAAGGUAACGCCCAAACACACGGAAAUCUGCCUCAUUUAGGGACACUUAAAUAAGGACUCUUGAGCUAACCCUGUGUAUUCUUGUAACGACGUUAAAUUUUAUGUCCUAUUCACUGCUUUCAUUUUAGCUGAGAUAAAAAAGAUUAUGAAAACAAGGUCCUGAUUUAAAACCACUGUUUUUGGACUUGUCAGAUCAGGACCAGGUUAUGUAAGAGAGUUUGCACUCUUUUAAAAACACAGUUACAAGUCGAAGAAACUUUUAUUCUAGUAGUGUAAAAUAACGAAAGAGUGAGUUCACUUUUAUUUUCAUCUCUAGACCACAUAGAUUCUGAUCCAAAACCACAGUAUUUAAGACUUCUCAAACUGGGACUGGAUUGUUCUAGAGAGGCCACAGUAUCUUUAACACACACUUUCGGAUGUGUGAAACCUUAGGCAGGUUAAUGAAAAUGUAAUAAAAAGCAAUUCUGUGUUUUCUAUGCCUUAAGGCUAUAUUAAAUGGGGUUGUAGUCCAGAGCCAGAAUGAACAGACAUCAGAUCUCGACUCCAUUCAACUGAAGAGGCUACAGUCUUUUAGAAACACAAUUUGUGAUUUCUAAAACCUGUAUUAUGUUUAUGAAAAUGCAAAAAAGGGGCCUUGUUUGUAUCUCCAGACUAGGGCCCGACCAAUAUGGAUUUUUUGGGGCUGAUGCCGAUACGAUUAAUCAGCCAAUUUUGUAAUUUUUUUAUGAAGUUAUAAAAAAUUAUAUGUAUACUGUAGAUAUACUGAAGGCUAAUACUCUUUAUACCAAUAGGCAAACUGACUGAUCAAACUCGGACCGGAAUAGUGUUUUGAACUCCUCCCCCCAUUCCAUUCAGAGUCACAAGGCUUCUCAGAUUCAGGACUAGAUUCUGUUAUAAGUAUGUUAGAAGAACUUUCCUCAGGCAGAGUCAUAAAUUAAACCUGGUCUGACAUCGCUUCACAGUAAACAAACAGCCUUUCUGUUUUGUGAUGACUCUGCUCUUGCCUAAUCAUCAGGUGGCCUUGAAGCCGGGUCACAGUCUCAUGGACUGGAUCCGCUUCGCUAAGAGUGGAAAGGACCUGACAGGGCUCAGAGGACGCUUGAUUGAAGUGACAUCAGAAGAGUUGCAGAAACACAACACAAGAGAGGACUGCUGGACCUGCAUAAGAGGUGAGGGAGCCUGCAUGGAGAAGGGGUCAGUCUGAAGCCAGAGAGACAGAUGAAUAACCUUCAUGGAGCCUGUAGUACUCAGGACUUGAGAGGACUCUUAAUGUCAGCUUGAGGAUACUUGUCCCACUUUAUCGGUGUGGAGUUCAGAGAGGGAGUUUUCAAAGAGGGAAGCCCAGCAUGCAUAUCCUCUAAACCAGUGGUUCUCAACCAGGGGGGAAACACCCUCCCGGGGGGGCACAAGCACAUCACGGGAGGCGCUGACUCACUGUCAGGCCCGGGAGGGGGGACUGGCUUUUCUUGAACACUCUAUGUCUUCGAGAUAAUAUUAUAAAACAUAUAAAACAAAUCCUUUCUUUCUUUUUCUGUCCGUCUUUUCUCUUUAUUACUUCUUUUCUGUCUUUGGUUAAAAACAUUUUGUAGUUUGGCCAUUAAAGGUGUUUGUUGAUUAGCAUAAGUUACAGGAUCUUGUUGUCUGACCACCAACACAACUUUAAAGUAGAUUAAAUAAUGAUUAUAAGGGUUUUGUUUUUCCUUCUGUCCACCCACCCUCUUAAUCACUCUGUCUUUUCUUUCUGUGGUUAUAAAACAUCUUGCAGUUCGGUCAGUAAAGGUGUUGGUUGAUCAGCAAAAGAAUCUUGUUGAGUUAAAAUUAUCAUAAGGGUUUUUUUUCCCUUAUGUCCAUCCAUCUAGAUAUCCAUUCAUUCCAACCCACAGAACAAAACAACACAUCACAAGAUAAGGAAACAGAGCGCAUAAGAACACAUGACAACACAACACAAUACAUAAAAACACAAAACAGUCCAACAUGGCAAAUGACAAACUACAAAACAUGAAAUUCAAUCACACAGCACCAUCAUAUAUCCAAGAACACUAUACUAAAACUGCGCCACCACAUUCCAACACAUAACAUCAAAAUAAAUAACCACAAAACACAACCAAGGACUUUUGAGGCAGUGCCUAAUGAGUCCAAGGUGAAGUCCUUUUUACUGCCCUUAGCUGAAGCUUCAGGUUUGUUUGUUUAUUUAGAGAGCCAGUGUGAGAGGAGGAGGAGCUGGAGAGGAGCUAGGGAUUUGUGGUCUUUGAGAAACGAAACCAAACCGUCAACUUCUUAAACUAAUUCAUCAUCUAGUUGAACAGUUCAUACUAAGAACAGAGCAGGAUACCAGAGGGUUUUAUUGGAGGAGAGGAGGCCGCAUUACAAAACCACGCAACAUAAAGGUGUGCAAAACAUUGCGAAACAACUUACAGAGAAGUCUGAGUCAUUAGCUUGCGAAAAAGCUACUACCCAGUGCACAUCAAAACCAUAGACUGUGCAGUCACUGUAACACAACCCAUUUGUUUUUUUUUAUUUUCUGGAGCCAGAAAGACCGUGUUUUUUUGAAAGGAGGAGCCAGAGGAGACCAUAAAUAAAAGCCAGUGCCUGUUGUCAAUUAAUUCUCUGAGAAGAGUCAGUGUAUUUACUUAUUCUAACUUAUCUUAACUAAACAACCUAACUUAUUCUAACCUAACUUAUCUCAACUAAACAACUCAACUUAUUCUAACUUAACUUAUCUUAACUAAACAACUUAACUUAUUCUAACUUAUCUUAUCUUAACUAAAAAAAUUGACUUAUUCUGACUUAACUAAUUUAACUUAGCAAACAACUAAAGUUAGCUGUCACCGUGCCACAGCUGUGCAUGAGGACGGUGGUCCACAAGUAGCUCUGGUUGAUCCGGAGACACAAACAAUGCAGACAUUUAAAUUAAACAAGCUGUAACAUUUUACUGUGUGGUCAAGGUCAUGAAGGAAGCAUCUGUAACAUCAAUAUCAUCAAGAUGAGAAAGUCAGUACAUUUUACAUUUUUAAUUUGAAUUUAGUCUCUAAUUUAAUUGCGCAAUAGGAAUAUAUUAACAUCAAUGCGCUGAAAAUAUAUAAAUUUCUCUACUAGACUAUCCAUAAGUGUGAGAAAAGUGUGCCUGUAUAUGCCAGGUUUAAUUUCCAUGCUGAGCCAACCCCUGAAUAUAAUAACAUGAUCGUAAUGUCAAGGUAUUAGGUAAUAUUUACCCUCAUAGACUGAUUAAUUAUAUUUAUUUUGACCACAGAUGAAAUUGUUGUCAUGAUCACUGAAAAGUUUUAGCAUGCAUUUUUUUUCUUUUGUGUUGUUUACAGGGAUGGUUUACAAUGUGACCCCCUACAUGGACUACCACCCUGGAGGAGAAGAGGAGCUGAUGAAGGCAGCAGGGAUAGACGGUACUGAACUAUUUGACCAGGUAUGAAAGGAGGAAGGAAAUCCUACUUUGUGAAGGUAUUUAAGACAUUUUGAUUUAUAUGCAAUGAAGUCAAAAUACAAUGAGUUUUCAGGGUCAGCUGAAAGGUCCAUAAGAUGAUCAUUUAAAGACAUAAUACUAAGUAUCUGUGAAGUUUACUGUAGAUUUAGCAAUAGUUAAUGGAGGGUCUAACUUAGCCCCUGUCUUGGGGAUGCAUCCUGGAUCUCCGAUACAUCAAAAAUGUAAAUAAGAAGAAAAAACAAAAACAAAAUUUGGUUCAUCCUGUAUUUUUGUGCGACUUUUCUACACAUUGAACAAUAAAACCUGUGUUAAAGAUAUUUGUUUAAAAUGACUUCACAAAAACACCCCAGUCCUGCAUCGUGCUCUCUCAGAGUUCAGAGACCUGUAGAGCACUGAGGAUGUGCACUUCAUAUUGAUGUCUCUUUUAAUUUGUCAACCCUCUUCAGCUUAUUCAGCUUUUUAAUGUGACUAUGGUUAGGUGACUCAGUGGGUUCACACUCCAGUUCGUACCUUGUGGUGCAUGUCGUUGCUUGUUUUUAUCGUGCAGUAUUUGCACUUGAUUUAUUGUCGUCAAAAUGAAAUCAUUGAUGGUUUACUUUAUUGUCUUGCUUUCACAACUGAACUUGUGUAAAAGAUGUUACACAAAUCAUCUCAUGUGCUGCUUGUGUAAUAGAUGGUCAUUGUUUGUGCACAGGUCCAUCGCUGGGUGAAUUAUGAGUCCAUGUUGAAGGAGUGCCUGGUUGGCAGGAUGGCCACCAAAGUCCCUGCAGCCCUUAAAGGUACACACACACACGGGCACACACAUCCCCAGAUUUCACCACCUUAAUCCCAGUGGAACACCCACUACUCAGAGUGUAGAGCUGCAGUGUGGAGUUGCCAAACAGAAUGACAUUUUCUGUGAUGCUUUUUUUGACACCAACAAAAGCAAAUGAAACCAGCAGCAACAAGACGGAUGGUUUCUUCAUCAUAACUCAGUCCCUGAGACCACCGCAGGAGGAUGUCUAGACGGGUGAUUGACAAGACACUGAAAACAGGCCUUUUGUUUCCCGAUGGCAAAAAUUCACAAUUAGUGAUGCGCUUGAUCACUGAAAGACAGCUACAGGAGAUUUGUAUUUAUGUGUGAACAAGACAAGAUUAGGAAACAGAUAUGAGGCAUCACUUUGUUUACAAGAGGCUUUUAAAGUUCAAAUUAAACUUUCUUUAUUUUGUUGCUCACUUCUUUUUGGAGAGCAGAAAAAAAGAGUCAGCCAAAACUACUGUCUCAAUUUUAUCAAGUUUAGUUAAAAACUUACUGUGUCUGGAUUCCUCAGUAACAAUUUUCCAUCAUGCAGGACCAUGCUGGCUUCAUUAUUAACACAGAGAUGAGGGAAUAUUCACUGACAGAUCUAUGAGCUUUAUUUACCGACUGUUUGAAAAAGAAAUCGUCCUGAAGUCCGUCAAAGUUUUGUCUUGGCUGGAACAAAGUUUAGUAACACUUGAAUAAAAUCUGUACACAGUGCUGUUCUAUCAAUGGAAAUCAUUGGACACUAUUUUCCCCAACAUUUAGCACUUUUAUAUCAGGGUCAUUACUUUUUCAAAAAUCAAGUGUGCACAAAUAUAAAACAUGAUGUGCUGAUAUUUGAAUCUUUACCCCAUUUUACAGUUUUAUCAGCAGUCAGCAUGGCAGAAGCAGAAUAUGCAGCCCAAUAAGACUUGCUGAAUCACUGACAUAUUUUAAAUCACCUCUUUAAACUCACUUUGGCAGACCUUCUUUGACUUAUUCAAACACUUUUCAAUUUGAACUUGAUUAUUUCGUUUUAUUUAAAAACCUCCUUUUCCAUUUUGAUUCUCUUGUUCAAACCCUUUGUUCUGGCGACCUCCUCCUUUACAGUUCUUUACUAUUUACUGGUCAGGUUACAGUAAGAGCACCCUUUGAUGGAUGAAACAGCAAACUACAGACUUCAAUCCAAAAUGCUCAUUCCAUUAUGAAUGGAAUAUGAACUUCACCCCUAAGUUUGAAUGAAGACUAGAUACCCAGAUGAGAAGUUACUUUAAAUAGUAACAGACACCCGGACAAUUUAUUGAGUGAUGGCAAACAUUUGACUUUAGUCCAAGCUGUUGACAUUUGUUCUCUUCUUUUUUUUCAGCCAUGAUUCCUCCUCCACCACCCACAAGCCUCCUCCCACCUGUCUCAGUGGCUCCUCCUCCUCCAGACAAAGACUCGCGGCCUCGGUACGAACAACUGAGCAACACUUUAUACAGUCACAUGCAAAUUUUAGACAAAAUCUGCUGCAUUAUAACCACCCGUCUUUCAUUCAUGCAGGUACGACUGGUUCCAAACUGACGUCACUGUUCAUCUGGUGGUUUAUGCCAAGAGAAAGGUAAUCACUCGUUUAAUUUUUGCAUCCACAUGGCACCUUUGCUAUUUCAUAAAUACUGGGAUAUAUCGUAUUUCUGUCCAAACCAAAAUGUCACAUUUGUUUUCUCUGUUAGUUACCUAGCUCAGGCUGCACCCAGGUCGACCUGGAGGCAGGUGUUCUUCGACUGGAGGUCCUGCUGGGGAAAAUGUCCUACAUGAUUCAUUUACGUGAGUUGAAGCUCAUUUUUCUUCUAAAACUAAACAAAAUGAUACAUGUUGAGGCACUUUUAACUUUCCGUGUUGCUUUUUGUUCCUCACUGCAAUGCUCCUCUCCUAGUGUUAAAACCUAACUUUGCACCUAUGAAAACUAUGUUUCUUUUUUCAGUACACACUGUGUAUAUUAUGAACCUUCUACCAUAAUCUGGUUACAAAACUAUUGCCUUGCUGUUGACCCCCCGUUGUUAACUAUACUAGUGUGAUCACUCUCUUGCAGGUCUAGCUGAUGAAGUGGAGGGAAAUGUUUCUGGUGAGAUAAUAUCCUAUAUAAUGCUUAAUAUUCAGCACAAUCUUCAUGUUUUUUUUUCUAAUUUUUCUUUUGUCAUUUCUUCAGUUCACACCUCAUUCUCAGUGGGAAAAAUCCAGGUCACCAUACGUAAACAGACUAAAGGAAAAUGGGAGAGUUUAGGACAGCCGCUGGAAUUUCACAACACAUUCCUACGGAAAAAAGACCGAGGUGAGACUCAGGAUACAGGAAGAUAAUCCUCUGAAUAUAGUGUCUGCUUAUUUUAAGAUUUUUUGGACAAUGAUAAUAUAUUUGGUUUAAUUUCAGCGGUUAGCCAGGAUAUGCAGAGAUCUAAAUGCCAAAAUUGCGUGUGAGGAAAAAGUGUUCUAAAUCCAUCUUUAUGUCUGCGAUCUUUCUUUUCCAGCUCCUUUUUACCGAGAAUGCGUCUUGGUGUCGAAGACUGAGGUGAACCACAACACAUACGUGUUCAGAUUACAACUUCCACGUGGGACUGUGAGGCAUGUGCCUGUCGGUCAACAUGUCUACCUCAAAGCAAACAUUCAAGGUAAAAAAAAAAAAAAAAAAAGCAGACAGACUUAAGCACAGAUGGUAUAAAACACGGACAUGAUCUCAUUGAUACCAUGUAGUGGCGUCUUAAGAUGCUGGCUUAACUUUAGCCUGGGAACUGAGUCGAGUUUUGGGGAGCACUCACACUGGGCCAUGUUGUACUGUUGUACAGCGGACAAUAACACGGAGAACAUGAGUGCCACUUGCUGACUUUGUGAUACAAGUCAGAGUGGACUUUUAUUUCUGCUGACUGGAAAGUUGAACCAUGUACCAGAAUUCAGGCAGUAUGGGAAAAACUAUUGGACAUCAGAUCUGAAUAGUUAUGCAGGCAAUUAUCUGACAUUUACCGGCACUAAAACCCAAAAGCACUGAUGCUUUAAUUCAACAAAUUACAUCUCUUACUUAAUGGACCGACUAAUUUAAACUUUAGCACAGUCCUGCACAAUAUCCAUACUUAAAGCCAGCACAAUCAGUCGGGUCCUCCUCUUUCCUCCUUUAAGUCAGUGUGGAGUACAUUUCUCUAAACGUCGGUAGGAGACUCUGAUCAUGUCUACCUUACACACUGAGUAACUCGUGCAGGUAUGCUCUGUUUAAUCGUCAAUUCUCCUCCUCCUGCCAGAGUGGGGCUCACUUUGUUUCAAACACCUCACAGGAGUUGUAUGUUUCUUAAAUGUUUUCAUCUGUUUUCAGACACAGAAGUUGUGAGGGCGUACACUCCAGUGGGUCAGAACCUGUCAGUGUCCUCCAAUAACUCCUCACAGGAUUCAGAUCUCUACCUCAUGAUCAAAGUUUACCCUGAUGGGGUGCUCACACCUCAUCUCAACAGCCUGCACAUCGGUGAGUAACAGGGCAGAGAAGAAAAGAGAGGAAAGAGCUGUCAGACCCACUUUUGAAAAGUAUGGGGUUAAAUGUUUGACAGAAGAAGCUAUUUUUGUGUUUUUAAACUGGGCCCUAGUUCUUUGAAACAUAAUACAGGGUCUGCGUAGUUGAGAAAAGCCUUAGUAGUUUGCUUUGACUGUAGUUAUCAUCAACUCUCUGUUCUUUAAGGUUAAAUCAGUGUUUCUGUGAAUAGAGUAACAAAGAUCCACAAACCCCUGUGUCGCCUUUUCUCUUCAGUACCCUCGAGCAAAGUGAUGUUUGCAGUCACUCCAGAUGUUUGUACAAAGACAUCUUUUGUUUUCAUUCAUUUAUUUAUUCUCUUCUUUCUCCUUAGGUGACCAUUUAUGUGUCAGUGGUCCAGAGGGGACCUUCAGUCUCCGCCCCCUUCGUGAUGUCACACAUCUCUACCUUUUGGCAGCAGGCACAGGGUUCACACCCAUGGCUCGUCUCAUCCAGGCGGCACUGCAGGACUUUGAGUCCAUCAGGUGAGAACAAUAACAGACUCCGAUCAAGAGGAAAAAUAGUUUGUUGCUUUUUGUUUUUUUGUUUUUCUUCUAAUAAUUUUCUGAUGCCUGAAUUGCUUAAGUACGUUUGUAUCUGCUGAUAAACCCACUUCUGCUCAAUAAUCCUCAUAAUCUUUGUGUGUCUGCAGACAAACCAAGCUGCUCUUUUUUAACCGGAGAGAGGAGGACAUCCUGUGGCGCUGCCAGCUGGAUGAACUGGCUGCUAACAGUGAGAGGUACUGCAGCUAUGUGUCACUGUUUACAGCCUUAUUCUGUUUGUCCCUGUCACACACAGCGUGUCCUCUUUAUAUAAUCUGAAUAUAAUGAAGUAGGAGGUGGAUCAUGUGAGAUAAAUCCAUGCAAGGGUGGUACAGAGUGUGCCUCACAGAUAGAUGCAACAGAUUAUCUUAAUCUGUUUUUUUGUUCAUCUCUACAUCCUUCAGAAUAUAUUUGUGUGUUUUUGCCUCAGGUUUCAGGUGGAGUAUGUCCUCUCUGAUCCCUCUGAGAGCUGGACUGAAAAGAGGGGUCGUGUGGACGAGUCCAUGCUGAAAGAUGUCCUCGACAGACCGGACGGGUCUAAAUGUUACGCGUGUGUGUGUGGCCCCACUGCCUUCACAGAGCUCACGAUAGGGUAUGUCAACCUUCAUCAUGAGAUCAUUAUAGGAUCUUUCUAUGUCCUCAUGACCGCACACUACAGAAUCUGUCUGUUUACCUCCAGGCUUACAAGUUUGGCAUCACUUUUAACCACUUCUGUAGUAAUUAUUGACCUGAAAUCCUGAGCUGUGUUCUGUUUAGUUCUCCAGCAGGUCCCGAGUUAACCUCUUGUUCUGUCUGCUCAUGUCCCAGGUUGCUGAAGCAGCAGGGCUUCAGUGAAGAGGAGCUCCAUGCUUUCCAGGGCUGAAGAUUUCUGCCUCAACACGACUGAACGCUGCAAAGACUGAGUGUGCCUGAGAGUGUGAGGGAGAGAGUCUGCUGUAAUUUAUAUAACUGUGUUAGUGUGAAAUGAAAGGAGCGCUGUAUCUCUAUGCACUGAAGGUCUGAUAAAGCAGACGCAGCACAAGCCGGGCAUUUAUAACAAGCUUUGUGGAAAUCACGAUGCAGUACUGUAGUUUGGUCAGUGUCUGGGACUGAAUUAAAAGUGUAACACGGUAUUUUUGAAUAUGGGGCCUAUUUUUCUGUAAAAUUCUGGAUGUAACCGAGUCGAUUGCAGCAGGCAGCCAUAAAAAGGGCUGGAAGAGCAGCAACAUGGGCUGUACUUUGUUGAGCCAAAUGCACCUGGUAGAAGCUUGUGUGCUGACCCUUUCAGACAUGAAUGAAAAAAACAUCCUGAAAAGUCCCCAGUGGGUGAGCUGUAUGAGUGAAAACGGUUGUAAAGCUUACAUAAUGUUCUGUUUCUGUGUGCUAACUUUGGAAAAUAAACUUUAUUGCAAUCGUUAAUGAUAACAGCUGUGAAUCUAUAGACACAUGUUCCAGGGGCCAUGAGGAAAAUGACAAGGCUUGAAGGAAAGUUUAACUUCUGAAAAGUUAAUUUAAGGACGAGUGGAUUUAAUCUUGGACAGGAUUGUAAAAAAUUUCAACAUGACUUACAAUUUCCAGCUCAGAGGUUCUGACAUUUUCUAGGAUUUUCCAGGGUUCAUGUCUGAAAACAGCUCCCUACAAAGACAGACAUAUUUAUUUGGCGCCAGGUGGGAUCUUUAGCCUUUAUUGGAUAAGACAGGAGGUGAGGACUAUAUACUGCCUCUGAGGAACCUGCUUCACCAACUGCGUUAAUGCAGAGCCCCAGAUAGACCUUUUUGUUUUGGUGAAGAUCCUGUUGCUGCCACAAACAGCCCUUAUGUUACUGAUUUCUGAGCCACCGCUGCAAAACACAUGCUGAUCAGUUAGUGGUCUACUUCCUUUUUUUUUCUACCAUUAAAUCAACUGUGUGAGUUUGGUGAUGCCACACAUUUUUUGUGGUGGACAGAAAAGAGACAAAAUACUGACAAAACUUAAAAAGAUUGAAGCCGCAGAAAACCAGUAACCUGUUUGUUUCACAUCAUAACAGCAUUUCUUUUUACAUUUGUACAGCUGUACUUCUGAAAACAACAAUCUGUGCCUGUCACUGAUAAAACAGAACUAUAGUGGACAUACUUGAAUAUACUUACAUCCUAUUAAAAGCUAAUGUUGCAGCGGUCAUAGCUGUGAUGCUGGGGUUUUCUUCUGGACAAUUUCAAAAAACUUUUAGUCCUUUAAACACUAAAAUAUGUUAAAACAGGCCCUUUGUUUUAAAAUACCUGAACCGACCUUUAAUAGUCCAGGAGUGAUGUACGUUUCAAUAGUGAAAAGCUGUUUAUUUAAAAAGUUUUAUUGUUCUGUGAUAAACAAAUGAUGAUGAUGUUUCAUGCAAGCCGAAAAGAGAAUUUACAUUUCUGACAAUUUUGGAUGUUCACGCUGCAGUAAAAUAAAACGCAUCAUGGUGACGUUUUUAAA